CGGAGCGUACACUCGCCUACGCCCAGUGCCCUGAGCUGGAAGUGUAAGGAUUAAGCCUUCCACAUGUACUUCAUCUGCUUAAGUGGCCUAAGAUUAUCUAAGAAGAUUAAAACUUAUAUCCCAGCCAAAAAGAAGUAUGACUGGAUCAGCUCAGUCCUUGGGAAGAAGAGGAGGAAGAAGAAGGAGGCCUAUUUGGGUUACAUGGGAAAAAUCCUAAAGCAAGCCCACCCAGACUUCAGUGGGUGCUCCUGGGUCUUAGAUGCACUGGGCAUUCUGGAAGAUUGGCGACUGGAAUGGCUUAGCCUGGAGGCGGUGAGGCUGUCCUUCUACAACCACAGAAGAGUCGUUACCAGCAGAGAGAUCCUUGAAGCAGUCAAGCAAAGACCCUCUUGGAAGAGUUUUUGAAUAAAUGGAGUGGUUCUGAGUAGUUCUAUUUUUGAAAUAAUUGCACGUAUCAAAAAAAAUAGGAUAUGUCAGUGGGCUGUGUGGAAGACAAGGUGUCUGAGAAGUACCUGCUGCAACAGGAAUCUUGGUGCUCAAUGCCUGGACUCUGAGGUCUGGUAUUUUUAGCCUCUGACUUAAGUUGUGAAAAAAAAAAAGAAAUA